UCGCGAGUCGUCUGCCGUGGCGUGUCGUCGCGCGCCGUCAGGACCUCUGCCAGGGAUAAAAGGCGCCCCGCGUAGGAUUCGUGCGGGCACGCGGAGAGCCGCGAGCCCCUCGUGCGAGAAGCCCAGGCCCAGGACGACCCGCCGCGCCCCAGGACGACCGUCUCGCGCCGCGAAUCGCCGCGACCGCGGGCCGACUUGCGGACCCGCAGGAGAUCCGACAGCGCGGAGGGGGCGACGGGCGCGGAGUCGAAGAUGUGCGGCGGCUUUACGUGCUCGAAAAACGCGCUGACAGCACUCAACAUCCUCUACAUCGUCGUUGCCUUUAUAUUGAUAGGAGUCGCCGUGUAUGGAAGGGCGUCCGCCUUAGUCACAAAUCUCCCUAUCAUAGGCGGAAUUCUAGCAUGCGGGGUGAUCCUGUUUCUCAUCUCCAUACUGGGCCUGAUUGGCGCCGUUAAGCACCAUCAGGUCCUGCUGUUCUUCUACAUGCUUAUCUUAUUCCUCUUGUUCCUGAUUCAAUUCAGCAUCGCCUGCGCCUGCCUUGCCGUCAAUACGAAGCAGCAGGAGCAACUCGCGGAGCAGGGCUGGAGACGCGUUGAACUUGACCUGAGGAAAAAGGUUCAGACCACCUUUAACUGUUGCGGAUUUAACAGCACCACCGACGAAUCGGGUGUACCCUGCGACGAUGUCAAUAAGAUCUGCUGUCCAUCCAUCGACGUCAAUCAAAUGUCUUGUCCACCUUGUCCGACAUGUAUGCAUAAACUGCAGUCCACCAUUGACUACGCGUUCAAAUUGUGCGGCAGUAUAGGAUUAUUCUUUAGCUUUACGGAGGUGAUUGCAGCUUUCUUGGCAAGGCGUUACCGUAAUCAAUUAGAUCCACAGGAAACAGCUGCAAGAGCCAUAUUUCCGCAGAAUAAUUAUUUAUACUGAUUCGGCGAUACAUUCGAGAAAAAUCAAUAAUCUCUUCUUUUAUACGUAUUUUGACGACACUUUUGUCGAAGAGGACAAGGGUCUGAAGUUAAUUUUACUUUCGAUUGCCAGGAAUAUAUUGUCGCGCAACGUGUUUUCCAAGGGCUAUGAUUUAAUCGUGUUCUCUUUUCUCUGUAAUUCUUUUACUUAUACACGUAUAACGUGUUCAGUAGAGACGGAAGUUAAUGUAUUUUCCAACUGGGCAAUCGUAGGUUUUAGAAUGAGUUAGACGACGAACUGAAAUGUGUGCUCUAGUCAUACGCUCUGAACACUCAUAACAAGCCUCAAUGCGCCUUGUAGUCUAGUGACAGAAAACAUCACAAUGUAAGUAUAAAUUUCUAUUAAAUUUUGUUGCAUUUUCUCCAAAAAUCCGACAAUGUUGAACGUUGGCGAUGAAGAAAUUCAGUGCAUCGUAUCGUUUGGUUUCGCAAUUUAAAUGAACCGCAACACUCGAACCAUUCUAAGAAACUAAGGAACGAGAAAAAGAAUGGUGCGAGGUAAUGUGCAGAUUAAUUUUGUUAAAUAUUUUUUCAUGAGAGAAUGUAGAACUUUAUUAUGGUUGAAGCACAGAUACCCAUAAUCUUGUCGAUCAUACUUUUCUCCCCUACAUGAAUGAAUCAUGUUAGAUAUAUAUAUACAUAAUUGCAUUCUAUACAUAUAUUACGAUAUCUAGAAAUUUAUAUCUUCCCGAGUAAACAUUCUGUCAUAUCAUUUUUGAGUACUUUUAGAUAAACUAUAAUAGUUUUACGUCUGCGAAGAGAUUGUUUUUAUAUUUUUAAGUAUUCUACAGCGUAUGAUGUACAACUUGUGUUAUAUUAAGGAACCGUAAUCAAAAUCGGAAGAAAUUGUAAUACUCUUACAAGUCAUAUCUAAUUUGGAUGAAACUUGGCUUACUUCUGGCAGCUCUCGUAUGCUUACGGUCACUGCAAGUAUUAUCCAACGUGUUAAGAAAUUACACUUCAACUGUAUAACUAUCGAAUUGUUUAUCGUACGGGGCAAUUCUCUGUAAUCAACGGUAAUGUAAGGUCUAUCAGCAUUUCAAGUUUCAUCCUCUAAAAAUAUCCAAUAUGAGUGCUUUGCUUGAAAUUAAAUUCUACGCUAAUUGUGCGCUCUAAGGAAAUUUACGCAUAAUAAAAAAUGUCCUAAACAGCCUGGUGGGAAGUUCCUCAAGAACUUUAAAUAAUCGUCCCGUUUUCCUGCGUAAUGCCGGCUUUUUAAUGGACCCCCGCGGGCUUUUACGAUCUUAAAAGAGGGAGGGAUUAUUCAAAUUAUGCUUUUGAAUAACAUUGGCCGUCACGGACUCAUAGCGGAGGUUGCAUUUUACUCGCGAGGGAAGACUGUUUAUUACGUAAACGACGUCUCGCGGGGUAACAUCCUUCCAGGUUCUUUUCGGACGAUCUGCGAUAGUGUAAGGAAAACUACGAGAGACACGUGUUGUGAAUUUAAUGUGCAUGGAAGUAAUUAUUAUUAUUACGCGAUGUACGUGCAUCGUGCUAUUCUACAUAUUGGAGACCCUAGCGUAUUUUCUAUCCGCGUCCCAUCGCGCGAGACGUAAAUGGGACGAAUCUAUCCGUAGCCACCGUCUUCGUGAGUCUCCCUGCCCGGAAAAAAAAAACAGCUGUCGAGAUACCAGUUGCAUCUUCGCUGUUCAAUAAUGAAUCGAACCCACCGUGCUGUCGCGUUCAAAUUUUACGAAUACAUUUCAACGAGAACCGAACGCAACUCGUGGAAUUCGUUAUUGAACGACAAGACCGUAGUUUGGCGUCGCACAUUUGUGCAUUUUUUUCUUUUGCUAUAUUCGGAAAACGUCGCUUUUACUCGUACGCUUUGAUGAAUUACCCAAUGCCGUUCUAACGGGGUCGCGGGCGCAGCCACGUCUCACGAUUAGGUAGAAGGUACAUUCCAAUUUUUAUGCUCUUUCCUCCGGCUUUCAGUAGAAAACACGCGCGUACGUCUUGCGUGCGCGCGGAAUAGAGGGCUCGUGAAUUAUACACGGUGUAGCGUAACGUCCUACGUACGUAUUUUUACCUAAACGCAAGAGACACGUAAUUUCGUAACCGAUCUACUCGGAAUUAGGCUUAAACUACUGUACGUUCCGAGAGCCGAGGACGAUCGGGAGAUGCGCACGGGAGUGAUUCGCACGCACGUUUGCGUAACUGCGAGACGGGAUGACGUAGAGUAGACGACGACAGGCUCGAUUGCACUGUCCGUGAGAUUAUGCGCGCGGGUGUAUGUGGGUGUUCGACAAUCCUAGGUGACGGAAAGCAUAUAUAUCGUACACGUUAUGUAGAAACUCGUACUCGAAAUACCCCCCCCCCCCCUCACACCGAGUGUCCUGAUUCUGCAGGCCCGUUCUUUGUAACCGCGUCACGUCACACUUUUCCGAAGUUAAAAUAAAAGAAAGUAAAAAAAAA